GCAGUGCUGUGUGAGAGCCAAGCUCCGUCUCCCCGCCUGCCCACUCAGUGGCAGUUCCCCGGAGCUGCAGUCCCCUCUGGAGCCUCAGCAGAUCCCUCUUUCAGAACUCACUACCAAGAACCCUGAACAGGAGCCACCAUGCAGUGCUUCAGCUUCAUUAAGACCGUGAUGAUCCUCUUCAAUAUGCUCAUCUUUCUGUGUGGUGUGGCCCUGUUGGCAGUGGGCAUCUGGGUGUCAGUCGACGGACCAUCCUUCAUGAAGAUCUUCGGGCCACUAUCAUCCACUGCCAUGCAGUUUGUCAACGUGGGCUACUUCCUCAUCGCAGCUGGCUCUGUGCUCUUCGCUCUUGGUUUCCUGGGCUGCUAUGGUGCCCAGACUGAGAACAAGUGUGCCCUCAUGAUGUUCUUCUUCAUCCUCCUCGUCAUCUUCAUUGCUGAGGUUGCAGCUGCUGUGGUUGCCUUGGUGUACACCACAACGGCUGAGAACUUCCUGACGUUGAUGGUAGUGCCCACCAUCAAGAAAGAGUACGGUUCCCAAAAAGACUACACCCAAGUGUGGAACUCCACCAUGGAAGGGCUCAAGUGCUGUGGCUUCAACAACUACACAGAUUUUGAGGACUCUCCCUAUGUAAAAGAGAACCACGUCUUUCCCCAACACUGUUGCUUUGACCAUGACAAUGGCACAUUAGUGGAACCCUGCACUAGUGUCGAGGCCCAGAACCAGAAAGUAGAGGGUUGCUUCAAUCAGCUUCUGUAUGACAUCAAAACCAAUGCAGUUACCGUGGGUGGUGUGGCAGCCGGAAUUGCGGGCUUGGAGCUGGCUGCCAUGAUUGUGUCCAUGUAUCUGUACUGCAAUCUGAAAUAAGUCGGCUUCUGCCUCCGCCACUGCUGCUGCCGUAUAGGAACUGGGAAGAGGCACCCCGGCACUGCCAAGAGGCAGUGAUCAGCGUGGGGACAGGAUCUAACAGUGUCACUUGGGCCGGAGUGGGCCUGGGGCCAAAUAGGCACCACCCCCUUCAACCUGUGCCAGACUUAUCCUUCCACUGGUGGGGUUGGGGUCCACCUAUUUCAGAGCCUCUAAGGUGGCCAAUCCUCUUGCCCAUUCCUCCAGUCUGCUUCUUAAACCCUUGAUACCCUCUCAGGCCAGGGGGUGGGGUGCUCUUGGUGAUCCCAGUACUCCACAGGGGGAUUAAAGGCACUGCACCGAUAGCAUGAGCAUAUGCAAAAUCAGCAGUCACCAGGCAGAUGUGUAGAAAGCACUUCAGAACUCAAAAACCCAUUAAAAUGUUUCCAUUUG